ACGGAUGAAUCAGUUUGGUAGCGCGCGGCAGCGUGACCACUAGUGGUAGUAGAUCGGAGAACGCCGAGUCGGACGGUCCGAAAGUCCAUUGUUCGUUUGUAUGAAGAGACGGAGGGAGGACCCCUGCAGUGUGUUCACUAUUCAAUUGACGGUAUCUCUUCGACCAGACGUCCCCGAAAUGAACGGAAAAAACAAGGCCGACGGCGACGAGAUAAUGUAUCUGGACGAGAUCCACGACGAGGUGUCGAGGCCGUUGACAGCUGCAGAGGUGCCGUACCCUCCGACCUUCGGUCUGCGCGCCGGUUUCGUCUCGCCGGAGGAGGCCGAGCAGGGGGAUUCGCGAGGACCCGCGUUGCUCACCGAAACGGAAGACGAGCACGAGGGGAUGCUGGAAAAGCCGUCGGCGCCGCAGGCGAUCAGCUUCGAGAGCAGGAACGGACCGGAGAUCCCCGCGGGAUCCACGGGCUUUCUCAACUCCGUCUUCUCGUCGCCCGUUCCGCCGACCGUCCAGGUCGUCACCCCGGACGUGAACGUCUACCAGCACAAGAAGACCCUGGCCCAGGGUAUGAUGGACCUGGCACUGCUGUCCGCGAACGCGAAUCAGAUGCGCUACGUUCUCCAGACGGACGGCCGGCACCCGUACUUCUUCCCGUCGCUCAUCAUGAUCGGCAUGAGCCUGUUCCUGCAGAUCGCCGUCGGCAUCGGUCUCAUAUGGAACAGCGUCUACGACGUCAAGGAGCACGAGCAGAUGUGCAAGGCGAACAAGGCCAACAAUUGGACGGUCAUCGGCAUCUUUCUCGUCACGAUAUUCAACGUCUUCAUCUCGUCGUUCGGCGUUGUCGAUCAGACGGUGGUCGUCACGACGUAACGACUCGCUGCAUCUUGCCUCCCCCCCCCCCCCGUCGAUGCGCGCUCUCUGUCUUUUAUUAACGACGCAUACGUAAUUGUUGCACACAAAGUGUGAAUGACCAGAUAAAAUAUUUCCGUUGUUUUCGAAGCGAUAACAAUUAACGAGUUUAAAUUUUUGAUUGCAUAUACGGAAACUCUAUAACGCGUGUGUUUUUGUAUAUAUUUGUAUAACGCGUACGUUUUCGUUAUAUUAUUUUUUAAUGCACAUUGAUUAUCCAAUAUAUCCGAUAUACCCGAUUUGACGUCGGGAAAGAUUUUAUAAGAUUUUCAGGAGAAUCCUUGUUACGGUCAUAUUGAUUUAUAUGAAUGCGAAAAGCCACGAGGGGAUCUUCUUUUCUCACGUGAAUGUUUGUUUGAAUAUUUUCUCACCAUUAGCAUGAAAAACAACGAAGAUAUUUUAGAUUCUGACAUUCCGCGAGUUGCUCAUUCUGCACACUCUUUUUUUUUUAACGUUGUGGAAAACCUUCGAAGAAGGCGCCCUAGUGCCUGUACCCAGGGGAGUGUUGGAUUCGGUGGGGACCCUCAGCCUCGGCUUUGGCAACCGCUUAUAUAACUAAAAACCACCACGGAAGUGUGAUCUGUUCUUCUUUCUGCACACUAUCAGAUGUUCGCAUCAUUGCAAACUGCAUUCAUUCAUUUAUCCAUCUAUUCGAAACUCGUCGGACACAUAAGUAAUUUAUAGUAGCAUGUAAUUUUUACUUUUUUUUUAUAUCGAAAUGAUAAUAGAUAAUGAUAUGUUUACUGUAUAAUAAUAAAUGAUUCUUUUUUA